UGAUAGCCUAGACGAUGACAGUUCAGAUAUAGAAAAUUCAGAGAACUGUUACGAGGUUCCAAAGACUUUCGUUGGACUUGUGAAAAGGAUAACUCCGGGUAGCAGGCGGCAAUCAGCAAUACCAGAGUUGCAUAAGCCAAAAGAGAGGAGGUAUGCGAAAACCCUAUGGCCAAACAUCGAAAAGGUGCUGGAACAACCUAACAGCAACGCAGUCCGUGCUAAACUUGAUUCAGCAGCUACAACACUUAACAGAUCAGUGGAAUAUGAUAUGGAGCAGCGAGGAGCUUUGAUGAACUCGAUACGAAGUGGUGUGAAGCUAAAAGAAGUUAAAUCGUCUGCACCGUUAAGGAUUAAUAAAGAAAGUUUGAUUAACGUGGAAGACGAAUUUGACGGUUGUAUGGAAGAUAUUGACACCCCUUUUUUCGAAAACGGAAUAAAUCAUCAGAGUAGUAUGGAGGAGUCUCAAACGGAUUUCCGAGACCUUAGUCAGGAACCAGACCUAGACUUUAAUUACAAGACCAUGCCAAUAAAACCCAAACAUCAAUCGACUCCUUUACCAGAAAUUCCUAAAAUAGUGCCACAUUAUUCAGUUUCAUCCAAAGGAAUCGAGAAACAAUAUACCAAUGGAGAUUUGAUGAUGCCAAGGUCGAUGACUGGUAACUCAUCUUCUAUUGCUUCAUUUCCAGCUGAUAUGUCUGACGCGCCAUUGCUUCCAACUGACAAUCAUAUGACCAAUAUUCAAGUUGAGCCAGACUGUCAUAGCGACGGCACUGAGCCAAACUGUCAUAGCGACGGCACUGAGCAAGACAUAUAUUUUAAAAGUUGUGAGGAACACAAACAAAAGGGUGAUGAAAAUGCAAACGAUCCAAUAAAACUGGAUAUACCUGACAAAAGAGAACCUACUGCUGAGGCCGAAGAUGAAGAUGAUAACCAUAUAUACAGCCCCGUCGCCAAUCAAUCAUCUACUGGUACCAAUUCAUAUGGCCAUGGAGAUCCAGGUGAGCCACAAGGACUCUAUUCAGAAGUCGAUGAUAAGGACAAACAUAACCAAGAUGAAGACAACAUCUAUGAGGCAUAUGAACCAGUUUCGUAUACGGAAUCUGAAGUAAAAUCUGAGGUACAUAUUAAAUCACCACUUUUAGAUGUAUCUAACACUAACUCAUUUCCUGAUGACGAAGACUUGGAAAAACCGCUGUUACCCCCACGUAAUUUAAAACCAAUGUCACCAAAUAUAUCGAAACGUAAAUUACCACCACCCCCUCCAUCACCUGACAGAAGACCCGACACGCAAGAUGCAAAUUCAAUAAAACCACCAGCUCUUCCAAAACGAACCUAUUCUACGCAGAAUAGUAAGAAUUCACAUUCAUCGCCCCCAGACACACCAGCACCAGAUCGACCAAAAUGGGCCACAAUUGAACUCCCCAAAGAAACAAGCUUGCGACAACGUCUUUUUAAUCGAUCAAUGCCGAAUUUCAAACGUCCUCUCAGACAGGAAUCAAGUGAUGGCUACAUUGAACCUGUUGAUACAACUAGACCAAGAAGUAUGACUGACCUUCAGACAAUGUACAGUAAUCAAGUUGCGAUGUCACGAUUAAAAGAUUAUAAUAAAAGAAAAACGAAGCCGGUGGAUAAUUUCUUUGAAACGGCAACAUUCGCAGCCAGUGAGAGACUCAAAUCAAAUGAGAGAAAGGCUAAGAAAAAUAAAACGUUAUCAAAAGAGAGAGAUAAUCACAUGGAAAUCGGGUUUAAGCUCCAUUAUAGAAUAAUAACACAAUUUGAAAAGUUGUUGCAAGACGAUCCGGAAAAGUUUGCGCUCUCAUUGGGCAGAGCAGUUAGAACUAACAACAUUGCGGCAGUAAAGGUGUUAUGUAGUAUUCUAAGAAAAGAAAAUUUCAAAUAUUCGGUAUUCGGGGAACAAAAAAAAUACAAACUUACAGAUGCAAUAUUCAGCGAAUAUGAAUCCGGAGCAACAUUGUUGCACUUAGCUCUGAUGUAUAACCAUACAGAUAUCUGUGAUCAUCUCAUUGCGUUUGGAGGACGAGAUCUUAUCAUGGCCACAUACACAUCAGAGAAGUAUUUCAAUCAAACCACAUUGCAUAUUGCUGUAUCAAACAAAAACUCAGUUGCAAUAAGAGCCCUUUUGAAACCUCUAGACAUAAAAGAUAAAAUUGACCUUAUGAAUACAAACGCUACUGGCAGUUUCUACAGAAACGAUCACAUUGAUGGCCAGACUUGUUUAACUGCUGCCCUAUGGGCAGGUUCUCCGGACAUAGUUUCUUUCUUGGUUAAGGAAGGUGCUAACCUUAUGAAUAUUAACAUGCAAGGGGAGAACAUACUACAUAGAAUGAUCCAUCAAUCAAUCAUGUUUCCUGAAAGAGACAAUACAGAAACACUUAACAUUCUCCAAGGCUUAUCAGGGCUGUUUGGGUGUAGACGAAUCGCGCAAGAUACAACAUUCGAAGGACCUAUAUACGAACAUGCCAAAAGAAAAAUAUUUCUCAAUUUACUCGGAACAAGAAAUGCAGAUGGUUACACACCAUUGUUACUCGCUGCUAAGAUGAAGUCAAAACUCAUGAAAGAACUUCUUAACCUUGAGGACAUUUAUAAAAUGAGGCAAAUCAACCUUGGCUCAUCUGCAUUGAUUACAUAUGAUGUGACAGAGGUGUCAACUAGAAAGGAUGGUAAUUACAAUAAAUUCUCCUGUCUGCACAUAGUCGCGCAUGAUCCAAGUCCUAGUGAUACGAACGGACAAUUACAACAAGAUAUUAAUGAUAUUGAACCGCUAUCUACUGUUUUCCAGCUGAAAUGGAACGUUUACAAGUGGGUUCUAAUUGUGUGGUUCCUUUUACACCUCUCCUUCAUGGUUUGUUUGACCCAUUUUUCAAUGCAACCCCUACUUCCACGAGUAUUUCAAACAGAAAACAAUCUGACUAUAAUCGCAAAUAGUGCAAUAAACGUUAACGGUCACAAAAACGUCACCCCAUCACCGCAAUAUGAGACAAUUAUCAAACGUGACGUUGGUGAUUUGCUUAAUCAUACAUUGACGACGAAUCACACUCUCAACGAACAAUACAAUACUUCAACUGGUGAAUCAUUUAAUACAACUCAAGUCAGUGCCGAAUCGUCUUCUACAACCAUUAACACUACAACUUCCAAUACGACUACAACAUCUACCCCUACCUCCACAACAAAGCAACCAAUUAUCAUUCCUUUGCCUCCUUCAACCAAAAAUUCCACAACCAUGAAGACCGCUUCUACAACUCCUCUUCCAAGUACACAUUUGAAUGCCGAGCAGUAUUUGACGAAAGAGCCAACCAGUUCAGUUAAUAGCGUCAAAGUACCUGAUAAUACUAGUGGGGCAAAUGAUCAAGUACAAUCUAAAAAUCAAAGAAGUUCAGUGUAUGCAUUGUUUAUAAGUCUGCCAUGUAUAUAUAUGAUAAUGGAAAUGCUGGACAUACUGUGUACAUUCUCUCUCAGUUUGCCUGACCAAACGUUUCGUUCUUUCGUAAUGUAUCUCCCAAAGGCAAUAUGGAAAGAUUGGUCAGUUACUGGAAAUGGGCCAUACCGUCUGCUAGCAGUUUUAUUUUCUACGUGUGUUUUAAUAUGGUUUGCGUUAUAUAUGAGUGAUAGAUAUUAUCACGAUAUACCACUCGCUGGAGCAUUAUUGUUUGGUUGGGUCUUCAUUUUGCAUUUCGGUAGAGCUUGCCCAGUACUAGGAAAGUUUCCACUAAUGAUUCAGACAAUAUUCUUCAAGGACAUAGUGUCUUUCAUGAUAUUGUAUAUGUUUAUAUGGUUAGCAUUUUCUUUUGCAAUCCAUUCGCUGAUAGUUCAAAGCUCCAAAACAUUGUCUGACCCUGUCAGCUCCACGUUGUACAGUAUGAUACAGUAUGUUAUCACUGACCUAGGUGUCAAACAAUCAGACCAUGCCAUAAGGGAUGUCUACUUUGGAAGAGUUCUUCUGACAAUAUAUGGCCUGGUCUCUAUACUUCUACUCAUACAUAUGCUCAUAGCAAUAAUGAGUACCUCUCAUCAGAUAUUGAAAUCAGACAGUUGUGCUUUAGUGAAGAGGCAGCAGCUCUCGCUGAUGUUAAUGAUUGAGAGAAGGCUAAUAUGGUGUAAACCACUGUGUGACUACUCUGAACGUAGUAUCUAUAAACAUGAAAAGAGAUAUUACAUCGAGGUACGCGAGUUGUCAUGA